CUGUGGGAGCCUCUGGGUCCGGCAUUGCAGCUUUUGGCAGAGGCAUGGCGUCGGCCUCCACCAGCAAGAAGAUGCGGGAGGAGGCCACCUGCUCCAUCUGCCUGCACCUGAUGGCCGAGCCCGUGAGCAUCAGCUGCGGCCACAGCUACUGCCAGGCCUGCCUCCUGCGCUUCGUGGGCCCGCCCUCCUCGUUGCCAAGCGAGCAGGACACAGAGACCUUCUCCUGCCCCCAGUGCCAGGCUCUCUUCCAGAGAGGCAGUCUGCGGCCCAACAAGCAGCUGGGCAGCCUCAUCGCCGCCCUCCGGGAGCAGGAGCAGCAGCAGCAGCAGCAGCUGGAGCAGGAGGAGGAGCAGGAGCAGGAGCAGGAGCUGUCCUGUGAGGAGCACGGGGAGCGGCUGCACCUCUUCUGCGAGGACGACGGCCAGCUCAUCUGCUGGCGCUGCGAGCGCCAUGGGCAGCACAAGGGCCACAACACGGCGCUCGUGGAGGACGUGAGCCCCGGCUACAGAGAAAAGCUCCAGGAAGCGGUGAGGAAACUGAGGCAGCUGGAAGAGGAAUGCACGAACCAGAAAGCUUUCACGGCGAAGCAGAUCGCCCAGUGGAAGGUGAGAAUAGAGGCUCAGAGACAGAAAAUCCAAGCGGACUUCCACAACCUGCGCAGCUUCCUGAGGGAGGAGGAGAGGUCGUACCUGCGGAAACUGGAGAGCGAGGAACAGCGCACUCUGCAGAGACUGAGGGUCCGUGAGGCCAACCUGGGGCAGCAGAGCCGGAAGCUCAAGUACCACAUCCGGGAGCUGGAGGAGCGAUGCCAGGGCUCCGCCCAGAAGGUGCUGCAGGACGUGAAGGGCGCCCUGAGCAGGAGCCAGGAUGUGCGGCUGGAGACGCCGGAGGCCCUGUCCUUGGAGAUUCAGACCCAAUACAAGGUCCCUGAGCUGUACUUUGAGCUGAGGAAACGGUUGAGGAGCCAUCAAGGACCCUGCGAGGAUGGUCUCCCUCUGUCCGUAUUCGUUUGGGAUUUCUUGGACCAUCUGACAGAGCAGCCUGGCAGUUGUGAAACGGACAUGGAGCAGUUUGCAGAGGCCCUGAGUGGCCGGGUCACCACAGAGGAGGCUUUGCAAGAACUUGUGGACCUCAUCUAUCAACAGGCCACGUCUGAGCCCAAGCUCCGCUGCGGGGGAGCUCGCCUGUGUGAUUACCUGUCCCGUCACCUGACCAUUCGCUCACAGAGGGGCAGCUUCCGCCAAGUGCUCCUUCAAAGAUGUCUGGCUGAUUAUGAGCCUAGAGAUCAAGCUGCCAAGGGGGAGGAAGCAGCUCGGAAACGAUUCCACGGGUUCGUGCUCUUUCUGGGAGAACUUUAUCUUCCGCUGGAGAUCGAAGGGGCGAAUACAGAGGCUCGAGUAGCUGCUCUCCGGGGGUUGUUGGAUGCCCUCCUUUCUCACCCCGUGGACGAUAACCUAAUUUGUGCAGUAAAAUUACUGAAGUUGACAGGGCCCGCCUUGGAAGAUGCCUGGAAGAGACAAGGAAAGAUGGACAUGGUUGAAGUUAUGGAGACAAUUGGAGACAUCAUCCUGGAUGCCCCCUGCAGUGAAGGCGUGAAGCAGAUGCUCUCGAAGCUUGCAGAGCUCCGGUCAAGUAACUGGGGGAGAGUCCAUGCCACAUCAGCAUCCAGAGAAGCAGCACCUGAGAAUGAUCCCAAAUCUUUUGUGACUGAACCACCAUUGGGUCCAGCGGAUGGUGUUCCUCUCCCUGCAGCUGAUCCCGAUGACCAGGAUUCAUUUCAGGAGUGACGUGAGGGCGGGAGAGGAGGGGGGAGGGGGAAGGACAUAUGUGAU